ACGAUUGUGACGUCAUGCGCAAUGGCCGCAAGCAGAGCUGCGCACAAAUUGCCACCAUCUUGUGAUGGCCCUCGCAACGGGAUCAGGGCAGCAAGAAAUUGUGCGACAAGCAACAGCAAUGCCAUUUCAAUUCCUGCGGGCGCGACGUGUGAGCUGCUGCUAAGGCGAGCAGAGCAGCAAGUACAUCGAAUCUCUGCAACAGUUGCCAUGCAGCACUUCACAAUACGAAUUCAUACACUGCGCAAUUUGUGAGCACCGUGUUUGCAGUCCCGUUGAGCGCAACAGUUGUUGUUGUUGUUGUUGUUGUUAUUGUUGGCCUUGAACGUGCAGCAUGGAGCCCGUUGGCGCAGUAACGCGGGGCAAGCCGCAGGACUCGGGCACAUUGUCGCGCCAUGAUUUUGAUGGUGGUCCCGUUAGCAUUGAUGAAGUCGAAACGGGCCUAUUUCUGGGCAACGUGGCGGCAGCUACCCAUAUGGAAACGCUCAGAUCCUUCAAGAUAACGCACAUACUCACGCUGGACUCGGUGCCGUUGCCGCAGCAUAUUGUGGAGUCCAGCCUUCUGACCACCAAAUACGUGCAGAUUGCCGAUAUGCCGCGCGAGGAUAUACUGCAGCAUCUGGAGUCUUGCGUGGAGUUCAUAACCAAGGCGCUUGAGGAACAGAGCAAUGUGCUCGUGCACUGCUAUUUUGGCGUCAGUCGCAGCUCGUCGGCGGUGAUCGCGUACUUGAUGAAGCGUCAUGGGCUGGACUAUCAGCCGGCGUACGAGCUGGUGCUGGCCAAGCGUCGCUUUGUCCAGCCGAAUGCGGGCUUUGUGUCGCAGCUGAAGCUUUUCCGUCGCAUGGGCUACAAAAUUGAUCCCAACUAUCAGCGCUACAAGAUGCAUCGGCUGCGUCUUGCCGGCGAGCAGGUGCGCAAGGCCAAGAUAUUGCCGCAGAGCUUCCACGGCGUUGUGCGUCCCGAUCCGGAUAUCACCCGGGAGAAUCCCGAGCCCAUUGUCUUUCGUUGUCGUCGCUGUCGACGCGUGCUCGCCUCCAAGUCGCACGUGCUGGAGCAUCGACCGCGCAACAUGCCGCAUCUCCAGCGCGUCGAGCACAGGCAGUUGGCGAGUGCUCCGACCACCUCCGGCUCAGAGCCGCGUCUACUCGAUCAGCUGGCCGAGCGCAUACGCAAGGCCUCGCUGGGCUCGAACAGUCAGGAGCAUCCAGGACCUGUCGCCAGCUCAAGCAAUUACUGUCGCAGCCUGUUGUUUGUGGAACCCAUCGCCUGGAUGCACCGCGUCAUGCUCAAUACCCAGGGUCGACUCUAUUGUCCCAGAUGCGAGCAGAAGAUCGGCAACUUCAGCUGGGUGAAUGCCUGCCAGUGUCCGUGCGGCGAGACAAUGACGCCCGCAUUUUAUUUGAUACCUUCCAAAGUGGAGCUCUCCAAGGCCGUGCAGAACGUGCAGACAACUGUCUAAAAGUCGCACUCCACACAGAUAUAUAUAUAUAAAAAGAUAUAUGUCUAUAUAUAUAUAUAUCUGUAUAGACCUAUAUAUAUGUAACAGAUCCUAUGUUAUGGUUAGCCAAUGAAAUUCGCUGAUGCUGA